GUUUGUAGGUUUAUGUAUUGUGUUUUUAUCUGUUCUAGAAGAAUUGAGUAUCAUUGAAACUUAAGUGAUACUCAGUUCUUCUAUAAUAGAUCCCUGUAAAUGAAGAUGGGGAAAUCAUGAAAUGGUAGUAAGAAGCCACAUUGUUGCAUGCCCCUGAUCAUCCUUUCCUUGUGUGACACUGAUUAAAGUUACUCAUAGAAUGGUUUGCUUUACUUAAAAAUAGCUGCCUAUUUAUCUUUUUUUGCCUGUGUUGGCUUAAAAAUGAUCAUAUUUAAGUAAUCUUAAGUGUCCCAGGAAAUUUUAAUUUUUAAUUUUAGAGAAAAAACAGCAUGCUUUAGUUCAUAGAAGAGGGAUAACUACAGGCAUGCUAAUUUUGUGUAUUGAGAAUAAACAUUAUAAGAGACUUUCUUUUAGGCAAUGGAACAUGCAAAUGGAAUGGAGCUGGAUGGUAGAAGAAUCCGGGUGGAUUACUCUAUCACAAAGAGAGCACACACGCCCACACCUGGCAUCUAUAUGGGCAGGCCAACUCACGGUGGAGGUGGAGGAACUGGCCGUCGCCGUGAUUCUUAUUACGACAGGGGAUACGACAGAGGAUAUGACAGAUAUGAAGAAUAUGAUUAUCGCUACAGGAGGCGCUCACCUUCACCAUACUAUAGUCGUUACAGAUCAAGAUCAAGAUCUCGUUCCUACAGUCCAAGGCGUUAUUGAAGAAGAAAAGCCAGUUACAGAGCAAAUACCAUUUGUUCCAAUCCUAGUUUUUCUUACAGUUACUCUAAUAACUAAUUAAAUUUUCCCAGGUUCAUUUAGGUGUAUUUUUUUUUGAAAUAACCAUUUUCAUCUCUUGUUACUGUAUAUUCCAAAUGUAAUUGUUGUAGCUUUAUGUACUUAAAUAUCUUUAAGCAAAAAUUGAUGGGAAUCCCAGAGUGGUACAAGAUUUUGUAAUUCAUUUUUUUCUUCAUUUUUUUAAACAAGUGGAUUUUCGUUGAACCUCAUGAAUGAAGAGAUCUGGUAUGUGUCAAUGCUUGCAUGUUGUAUUUUCAGUAGAAAGCUACUAUUUUAAUAACCUCUUAUCUUUCUGGUUUAAACCCCCCCCCCCUUGUCCUGUUUGUUCAGUUACAACACAGUUUGGUAUUUAAUCUUAAACCAGAAGUUUCCUAGAUUUUCAGUUUAAAACAAUACUAGAUUGGAGGGAGAAAAAAACCUUUGGAGGUGGGGAGAACCCUUGUACCCUACAUACACUGUUCAGUGGUGCAUGUUAAAAUAAACUCAGUGCUGCUCAGAGGAAUUUGCUUUAAACACUAAGCUGGCCUGCAAAGAAUUCCUCCUAUUUUUACUACCCCAUAAUCAGGACAAGCCUAACUGACUAGUUAUAAGAAAUAUUUGGUCUGUUCAGAUAAAUCUAUAUAAUAUAGAAAUUAAGAUGAAGCAGGUUCUAUUUAGUAGCAUAAUCAGACAUUUUCAUUCUCAUUCUCAAAAUAAAUUUAAAUUGUACAAA